GAGCAGCGACCCCGCCGCGCCGGGAGCCGGAGGUGGGAGGAGAUGCCUACAUAGAAGAGUGACAGCAGCUGGCUACAUGUCUCAGCGCUGAACCAGUUCCUCAGGUACCCUGGCUCUGGAAAUUGCUAUGGGAGAUUGGAUGACUGUUACAGAUCCAGGUCUGUCUGCAGAAAGCAAAAAUAUCUCUCAAUAUACCUCAGAAACAAAGAUGUCUCCAUCAAGUUUAUACUCACAGCAAGUGCUAUGUUCUUCAGUACCUUUAUCAAAAAAUGUACACAGUUUUUUCAGUGCCUUCUGCACAGAAGAGAAUAUUGAACAAAGUAUUUCAUAUCUUGAUCAGGAGUUGACUACUUUUGGAUUUCCUUCAUUAUAUGAAGAACCCAAAAGUAAAGAAGCAAAGAAAGAAUUAAAUAUAGUUGCUGUUUUAAAUUGUAUGAAUGAGCUACUUGUACUUCAGCGGAAGAACCUUCUAGCUCAGGAAAAUGUGGAAACACAAAAUCUGAAACUGGGAAGUGAUAUGGACCAUCUGCAGAGCUGCUAUGCAAAACUUAAGGAACAACUGGAAACCUCCAGGAGGGAAAUCGUUGGGCUUCAGGAGAGAGACAGACAGUUACAGUGCAAGAACAGGAAUUUGCAUCAGCUUCUGAAAAAUGAGAAGGACGAGGUACAAAAAUUACAAAAUAUCAUUGCAAGUCGAGCUACUCAGUAUAAUCAUGAUAUGAAAAGAAAAGAGCGUGAAUACAAUAAACUAAAGGAACGUCUGCAUCAGCUUGUUAUGAGCAAAAAGGAUAAAAAAAUAGCCAUGGACGUUCUAAACUACGUGGGCAGAGCUGAUGGAAAAAGGGGCUCCUGGAGGACUGGUAAAACAGAAGCCAGGAAUGAAGACGAAAUGUAUAAAAUUCUCUUGAAUGAUUAUGAAUACCGUCAGAAACAAAUCCUAAUGGAAAAUGCUGAACUUAAGAAGGUUCUUCAGCAAAUGAAAAAGGAAAUGAUUUCGCUUCUUUCUCCCCAAAAGAAGAAACCUAGAGAAAAAGCAGAUGAGAGUACAGGAACUGUUAUCUCUGAUGUUGAAGAAGAUGCCGGGGAACUGAGUAGAGAGAGUAUGUGGGACCUUUCCUGUGAAACUGUGAGAGAGCAACUUACAAACAGCAUCAGAAAACAGUGGAGAAUUUUGAAAAGUCAUGUAGAAAAACUUGACAACCAAGUUUCAAAGGUGCACUUAGAAGGUUUCAAUGACAAAGACGUAAUAUCACGACAAGACCAUGAACAAGAAACUGAGAAACUGGAGUUGGAAAUUCAACAGUGUAAAGAAAUGAUUAAAACGCAGCAGCAACUUUUACAGCAGCAGCUCGCUACCGCGUGUGAUGAUGAUACCACUUCACUAUUCCGAGAUUGUUAUUUGUUGGAAGAAAAGGAGCGCCUUAAAGAAGAAUGGUCCCUUUUUAAAGAGCAAAAAAAGAAUUUUGAGAGAGAAAGACGAAGCUUUACAGAAGCAGCUAUUCGCCUAGGAUUGGAGAGAAAGGCAUUUGAAGAAGAGCGAGCCAGUUGGUUGAAGCAGCAGUUUUUAAAUAUGACUACCUUUGACCACCAGAACUCAGAAAAUGUGAAACUUCUCAGUGCCUUCUCAGGAAGUUCUGAUCAAGACAAUCGUACAGUGCACUCAAAGCCACAGCAAAAAAAGCCCCCCAGCGUGUCUCAUGGGUCUCCAGUUUGCACAUCUAACGUGACGAAAUCUCUGCCUGCUUCACCAACUCUAGACUCUUGCCAGAUGAGUUCCUGUGUAUCAGAACAUAGUUCAAUCAGUGUGCUGAAUAUAACUCCUGAAGAAAUGAAACCAAAUGAGGUGGGAAGAGAAUGUACAAAUCAGACGUGGAGCGUGGCGUCCAGGCCUGGAUCACAGGAAGGUUGCUACGGCGGAUGCUCUUUGACCUACACCAGUUCUCAUGUACAGAAGGAUGACUUACCUUAGAUGUGUGCAUGGGAACUUUUUUUCACUAACAUAUUCAUCAAAUUUGCUUCAUCUGAGUUGAAACAGGGUGUGUCAUAAAGUGAGUUAUCACUGAUAAUUUAAGGUCUGAGUUGUUUGUUUGGACUUCCCUGUCUUCCCCCAAAGAACUCAAAUGCUAAAUCUAUUUAAAAGAAUAUAAAAGCUUUGGAUAUGCAUUUUUAGUAACAGAAGCAUCUGGCUCUGUGAAUAAAGGAAUGUAUAGAUGUUUGGAUGGAAACAGAAGCACUAGAACGAGUUUCCUCUUUAUAGGUAUUAAAAACAGCACUUUUAGGAAACUGAUUAUUGUAAAUGUUUAAUUUUUGUCCCAAAUAGAGUUGGCAUUGGAGGUUUAGCCUUUACUUGAAUGUAUACUGUAGAUUUUUAACAAAGCAAGUUCUAUAUUUAUUAUGUUUAGUGUGAUUUUGGAAUUACCUCUUUCAUAUGUUUUAAAUAAAGUAAAAUUUAUGUAAGUUUUUAUACAUAAAUAUACAUGAUUAUGUUAAGAGGCUUUACGAGUUAAAAAUUUCACACAACCUAGAAUUUCAUGCCAAUAAAAUGUUUUUAGUGAUAUUCUGUUUAUAGAUAUAUUAGGACCAUUACCACAUUAUAUUUAAGUUUUUUAAAGAUCCAUCUGGGCAAUAACUGUUCAAAGUUAUCCCAUGAAGCCAAGUUCUUUAGAAAAUCAUACUGACGUUACAUUUUUGAGACUUUUUACAGCAUUAGAUUUUUAUUUUAUAUAUGUAGGUUAUUAUAAUUUGUAAAAGGACUAUUGAUUAUAGAGUAAUAGGGACAAGACAACUAAAGUAGCUUUGAAUAGCAAUUAAAGGACAUUGGUUUAAGAUAUUCAGAUAAUAAAAAAUAUAAAUGUGUGGAUGGAGAUAUUUUCCUUAUCAGAUGGGUACUAGUACAGUAAUAUCUGUACCAGCUAGGGCUUUAUAUCAUUGCCAAUAAUUUUUUAGUAUUUUUUUCAAUGAAAUAUUUACCAUUAAUAUUAAACAAAUAUGACAAUGUAAAGACAUCAGAUUUUAUAAUCCAGAUAUAAUACUCUGGAAAUCUUGUAUCAUUUCAUUUUCAGAAGUCUUAGGCUCUUUGGCUCUGUAAUGUGUCUGAUUGCAUGUUUUCCCAUGAAAAGUAUGUUCUUAUUGAUAGUAGUGCUAAGAAAUGUAGGUCAGGCUCUUCCCCUAGAUUUUCAUCAAAAAGCUUUUAAGUGCCUAGCCCCGCUUGUCUCUGUAUAUAGGAAACUGCACAGGUCCAGUCCUUGCUAGGCAGAAUAGUUUGGUUCCAUCUGCCUUCCCCGUUUCCAUUAGUUCAAGCACUUACAUACACUCACCCUGUUUGUGGCCUGUCCAUUUAAAUCCCCCGCACGCCCAAGCCUUGUUUGUCAUCUGCUCACUGUAUGUGACUCUUCGGAGUUGUGUAGCAGUAGCCAUUUUUCUAAGGCAGAUAGGCUGUCACUAGAGUAUUGUAGGAGACACGAAUGAAUAUACUCCUAACAGUAACCGUAUCUGUAGUCUCAAAGAGCUGGCUCUGGAAUGAUAGUCACUCUCUACCUUCCGCAUGGUCAUGUCUUUAAAAUAUUAAAAAUGUUAACAAACUUUCAAAGUACCAUAUUCCAGAGGAAGAAAUCUAGCUGAAAUAUAAUUAUUCUUUUGCUGUUUAGCAAUAACAUGGUUGAAGAAAGGCAAUCAGAAAUUUUAAAAAGAGUUACUGAUAGAUUUGUCAAGACUCUCCUAGGGGUUUACUUUAUCAGAAGUAAACGUGCUGGUUUUUAAGACAAACCUCUUACUUUAGGGUACUGUAUUCCAUGAGGAUAGAUUUCUAGAAAGCAGUAUGUUUUUGUUAUGUGUUUCCAUUUUAAAGUGAGUUAAGUUCUCAUAUUAAAAAUACCCUUGAGCCUUUAAAAUGUCAGAUGUGAAAGAACAGUAAAAUGAAAACCCCAGAUUCAUUGUGCCUUUGGUGUUUGCAUAGAUCUGGUAGAACUUCCACUUCUGAGUAUAUUCCAGGUCUGCAGUGAUCCCUAAUCACCUUCACUUUCCAGAAUGUUGGAAUGGUUCUUUAUUGGAAAACCCCUGAAUUUACACACAAAACUCCCAAGAUUUUCUCUUUUCUUUUCUGGGGAAUUCUUGUGUACUAACAGUACAGCUGUGCUCCAGUCUUAACAUUUAGCCAUGAUCAAAUGAUGUGACCAUCAGCUUGAAAGCCCUGCUGAUGAUCUUCAGUGUUUUCUCAUCAGCAUGUACAUCUGAGAUGUUUUGCGCCUCAUUUGUUUUUACAUGACGUAUCCAUUUUGAAUUUUCGAAGCAAAAGUGUCAAAAUUGGAGGUAAAAUUUUUCUAGUUUUAAAUGUUUACAUCUGCAAUUACAGUGAAAUGAUGGGGACUUAAUAGAGGAAUCAGUGACACCAGAAAAUCAUGACUAAAAUGUAAGAAGUAAGUAUUUUGUCACAGAAGCAAUAUAUGACGUGAUUAGAGUCAGAGGACAGUCCCCAGCAAAUUGUUUGACUCAUGGUAUAAUGGAAGUAUUCGGAAAGAAUUGUCGGUACGCUUGUGACAACGCGGUUUUUGUAGGAAAACAUUCUGCGGUGCGUGGUGAGAAGGAAGAACCGUGAAGUCCGGUCCUGACCUUCCCUGGCUGGGGGGUCAUUUGAAAGCCUGAACCCCAGGAAAGGCUUGGCUUUUGCAGUGUGUGUGCCUGGAGUGCUGCGACUUAACAAGACUUUCUGUGAUUGCCCUGUUGUAAAAAUCUUCAAAGUAUCCUUCCUAAUGUAAACUACGUUCUUAUUUCUAAAGUGGAUUUAAAGUAAGUUUGGAUCAUGGAACUUGAGUAAACGUGCUUUUCACUAUGUUUGUCCUUACAGUUUUCAGUCUUUUGAUAAACAUUUACAAAGCUCCUCCCAAAUGUCAGGGUGUGUCACUUCUUUGUGAUCCUUGGGGAAGAGAAGACAAGCACGCUCCUCGCUGUUGAAAACUGUGUGGAGUGGACGACCAGCCGUGUGAACCCAAAUUGAAUUAAACAGGAGUAGCUGCUAUCCACA